AUGACAGCCAAUUGGGAAAGUUUCGCCCCCUUUUUCGGUGAAGUUGCACAUUUGUUUAGAUCCUUGUUGGUGUGCUUGCUGGCCAUUGGCUGCCUGGCUGACGUUUCGCUGGCGAAACAUCAUAAGCACAAGCGCCACUACGACGCAUCUGAGGAGGAUCAUCAUUAUCUGCCGCCGGUUGAGCGCGAUCCGAAGCCACAUUAUCACAGGCACAAGCACACCAGGGAACGCGUUGUGGAUCAUGAGCCCAAGCGUGUGGAUCAUUAUCAUCACUAUGACAAGAAACCGGAGGUGCAGAAUCGACACAUUCAUUACCAGGACGUCAAUUCACAACUUCGCACCUCGACUAUCCUUCCAGCAGCAUCCGGCAUUAUUACGCGACGUGCACGUCCCAAUCGUGUGACCUACGCGAGCGCUCCUAACUCUGUGUUCCAUACGCAAAUCAAUGUGCAGUCCCAGGACUCUGAACUAAACUCCCAGAUCCGUCCAGAUCCAGUUGUUGGCAUUGCUCCAGCUGGAGUGCAAGUGCCCGUAGGCACAUUACUUCCUGGAAGUCAGUUACCGAUUGGAUUGCCCGCAGGAACUCAAUUGCCUACCGGUGGACAGUUGCCUACGGGAGCUCUGCCACCAGGUGGUCAGUUGCCUACAGGUGCUCUACCACCUGGCGGACAAUUACCCACAGGAGCUCAAUUGCCGACUGGAGCUCAGUUGCCAGCGAAUACUUUACCCAAUUGCCAGAACCCAGUUGCCGGCAAUCCUCCCACUGGUUGUCGUGUAGUUGAUCCUCCUGGAGGUCAGUUACCCACGGGAGCUCUCCCACCUGGCGGUCAAUUGCCGACAGGAGCUGAUCCACCCGGUGGUCAAUUGCCAACAAGUGCUAUACCGCCUGGUGGACAAUUGCCAGCUGGUGGUCAAUUACCAGCCAAUGGAUUGCCUGGUUUUCCACCAGGUGGACAGUUGCCGGCAAAUGGAUCACCUCCAGGUUUUCCACCAGGGGGCCAGUUGCCGGCUAACGGACUACCAAAUGGAGGACAAUUGCCCGCUAAUGCACUUCCCAAUGUUCAACCAAAUGGUGGGCAAUUACCAACCAACGCAUUCCCACCAGGAGGUCAGUUGCCAACCAAUGCAUUCCCAGCUGGAGGACAAUUGCCAGCCAAUGCACAACCCACUGGCUUUCCGGCUGGAGGUCAAUUGCCAGCCAAUGCUUUUCUAGCAGGAGGGCAGUUGCCAACUAAUGCACAGACUAAUGGUGGAAACGGAAAUGGUUUUCCUGCUGGCGGCCAACUGCCAACGAAUGCUUUUCCAGGUGGUAGGCCAUUGGGCAAUGGCAAUCAACUUGGCGUGGGUUUCACUGUUGGCAAUGGCAAUGGCAAUCUCAAUGGAGGUGCUCAGCUUGGACUACCCCAAGGAUUUAGUAAUCAGAAUCUAUUUAUUCCUGCAGUUAACACGCAGCUGCAACUUGGACAAGUGCCAUUGAUUGCUGCUCCUCAGCCGGCCGUUGCACCACGUCCCAGCUCGGUGCUAAUACAAUUUGAUCCAGCUGUUGGCGGCCAAUUGCCAGCUCAGGCAAAUGUUGGUGUCAAUCCCAAUCAGUUGAUACCUCUUAUUGGUACUCAAAUUGGGAAUGGACAGCAGCCAAUUGCCCAGCUGACCACAGCGCCUCUACAAAAUCAAUUGAAUCCCAUUUUUGGUGUGCAAUUGGGAGCUGGACAACAACCCAUUGGCGGUAAUCCUAAUCCGUUUAAUCCAGUGUUUGGCGGUCAGUUGCCGACAGGAGCUGAAGCACCUACAAAUGCUGAUCCUAAUAACGUUUUAGGUGGUCAGUUGCCAGCAGGAGUGCAAGCACCUACGAAUGGAAACCCAAAUCCUGUUUUUGGAGGGCAGUUACCUACCGGUGCUCAAGCGCCAACAAAUGGCAACCCAAAUUCAAUCUUGGGUGGACAGUUGCCAACCGGAGCUCAAGCACCAACAAAUGGCAAUCCUAAUCCCGUUUUUGGAGGACAGUUACCAACUGGAGCUCAAGCACCAACAAAUGGCAAUCCAAAUCCUGUCUUCGGCGGUCAAUUGCCAACAGGAGCGCAAGCACCAACAAAUGCUGAUCCAAAUAACGCAUUUGGUGGUCAAUUACCUACAGCAGCUUUUGUGCUAAACACAGGCAAUCCAAAUGGUGCUCAGUUGGCAACCACAGCUCAACUGACAGGCAAUACCAAUCUGCUCGUUGCAAAUGGCCAACGUUUGACUAGGCGUCGACGCGUUGGACGUCAACGCGUGCGAUCCAACUACCAAGGCCUCAAUGUGGUGAAUGGCAAUGUGUUCGGACAGCCCGAUAUACAAGGACCGACCAACGCUGUGGGCAAUCAGCAGGAUACAAAUAUCAUCGAUGGCAACUUCUAUAGUUAUCCCAUUGCUUAUCAACGCAGGCUCCGAUUGAAUGGCAAUAGUCGUGUUUUACUAACCGAUGGCGAUUAUGUUGAUGACUAUGAUACUACACCUGAUGUUGGCCUAGCGGCAAGUACUCCCGAGUUGUCGUAUGCAGCUCCAGACAGCAAACCAGCUCGCAGUAAGUCAGAUCAUGAAACAGCCGCCUCCAAUCAUGCCACAGAAUAUCGUGAUGAUGGUUAUCACUAUAAGAAUCCAAGACGCACUACAUAAAUCAAUGUUGAAUAUUCAUUUUUAUGUUAAUUAAUAAAUAAGAGCAAAUGCUAAAAAAGCAGGCAGAAAAGUAAAUUUUUCGUUG